GUAGCCAAAAUGAUGUCCUUUGUUCCUCUUCUCCUGGUGGGCAUCCUCUUCCCUGCAAUCCAGGCCAAACAAUUCACCAAAUGUGAGCUGUACCCGAUACUGGCAGAGCUCAACUACUCUGAUUUCACUUUGCCGGAAUUGAUCUGUGUUAUGUUUCACAUCAGUGGAUAUGACACACAGACCGUAGUUAAAAGCAAGGACAGCACAAACUAUGGAAUUUUCCAGAUUAGUAAUAAAAUGUGGUGCCAUGAUAACCAGUUCCCCGAGUCAAAGAACUUAUGCAACAUCUCUUGUGAUAAACUCCUGGAUGAUGACAUUUCUGAUGACCUGAACUGUGUCAAGAAGAUCCUUGAGACUAAGGGAAUUGACUACUGGUCGGCUCAUAAGGCACUCUGUUCUGACAUGCUGGAGCAAUGGCUGUGAAAGAAGUCGUGA